UUGGCAACAACAAUUAAUCGAUGACAGCGACGAAGUGAAUCGUUAGGAGUGACGACAUUUUUGUCAAUAAAUUAUUAAUUUUGCACUUUUGGUUGAAAUCCUUUGCUAAAAUAGUUGGAUAAAUUCGCCACGAAAAUGGCAGAUAAUGAACAAAAAGCAAUGCAACUGAUAGCGGAGGCAGAAAAGAAGCUUAGUACAUCCAAAUCUUUUCUUGGAUCCUUAUUCGGGGGCUCAUCGAAAGUUGAAGAAGCUGUAGAUUGCUACCUCAGAGCAGCAAAUUUGUUCAAGAUGGCUAAGAAGUGGGCUCAAGCUGGGCAGGCGUUCUGCAGUGCUGCCCAGCUUCACCUUAAAGCUGGUGUCCGCCAUGAUGCUGCAACAAACUUUGUAGAUGCUUCUAAUUGUUAUAAGAAAUGUGAUCCUAAUGAAGCGGUAUCUUGCCUUCUUAAAGCUAUUGAGAUUUACACUGAUAUGGGACGCUUUACUGUAGCCGCUAAACAACAUCAAAACAUAGCGGAACUUUACGAGACCGAGUGUGUAGACCUUGGUCGUGCGAUGCAGCAUUACGAGCAAGCAGCUGACUACUUCCGUGGUGAGGAAUCCACGUCGUCAGCUAACAAGUGUAUGCUGAAAUUGGCUCAGUAUGCAGCUCAGCUUGAACACUAUGACAAGGCCAUACAGAUUUAUGAACAGAUAGCAAAAUCAUCCCUAGACAACAGCUUGUUGAAAUACAGCGCCAAGGAAUACAUGUUCCGUGCUGCUCUGUGCCAUCUCUGUGUGGACAUAUUGAACGCUCAGCACGCCGUCGAGAAGUAUUGUGGGCUUUACCCUGCCUUUGCCGAUACCCGGGAAUGCAAGCUAAUUAAGGAAUUGAUUGAACACCUGGAAGAGCAGAACAUGGAUGCGUUCACCGAAGCUGUGAAAACCUACGACAGCAUAUCCCGACUCGACCAAUGGUACACAACUAUACUCGUUCGCAUCAAGAAACAGAUUAACGACAACCCUGACCUCCGUUGAAUAGUGAAACUGAACAGCCCCGGCGUUUAGUAGGUAGUUUAUUUAUAUUGUAUCACUAAUUUAUUAGCCCUAUGUGAAAAUUAGAUACUAUUACUUAAUUAGAUACGAUAUUAUAUAUACAGUGGAUUUCAUUUAUUAGGACCUUGGUCGUAGCGACCAGUUAGCUAUAGCGGCGUUUAAUUUAACUCCUUUGAAUUUAAAGCAUACUUUAGUAGAAAAUUCAUAUCUAUGUAAUAACAACUUCAAUAUAAUUUUUUUAAAUGAAUCAUAUGUAACAAAUUCUAAAACCCAUGCAGAUAAUGCGGCCUGAGUCGGUCGCCAAAGACACACACACACUUAUCUUUUUCCGUCACACAGAUGGUCAGCAAGCGUGUAUGUUACCGAGUUAAAUUUAUGGUUCAGUUACAAAGUGAUAUUUUAAGUAGGAACUGUCUCUACUUAGAAUGUCUUUAUGCUUGUAACGACGUCCAGAUAUAACAAUUAAAUUAGAGUAGUACCCUCAUCUUUGUUAUAAACGAAAUCCACUGUAUUUUAAAAAUAUCUUCCCAUGGCAAUUUAUUUCAUCCAAGUACGUUUUGGAAUCGUUUUAAAUGAUUGUUCUCACUCAAUCAUUGCGCUGGCUCUGUGACCCAAAAGUGUCCUGGUCUCCGAAACGAGAAACUUCCAGCUUCCCGCCAAGUGCUGGCUUUCACCUGCAUUAGGUCCUCCUCCACUCUGUUCUCAAACCAUACUAAAUAUAUUAUUUAAUCUUAUAACAAUUGUAAACUUAAUAUGUUGACAACAAUUGACUUUUAUGUUGCGUCGGACUGCAUUUUGCAAUUUGCAAAUAAGCUCUUUGAAAUUGAUAGCCUAAAUUAUUUAUAUAUUCUUAAAGCGUCGGGGCAUUAAUAUAUUCAUGCCUAUUCAUUGUAUUACUAGACCGACACAAUAACACUGCUGGUCAAAAAUGUUGCCUGAUUGUGGUGUUGAUGUUAUUGUCAUGGUUUCCAUUUUAAUAACAUCUCAAAGGCGUAGACAAAUACAAGUCUAUACGGUGGACUUAGCAUUUAAAUGUGACCUAUCCUUAAAACAUGGUUUAUUUGCUAGAAUUUACGACAUUAAUAUAUCCGGUGUCACUGUUUUUGGCUAGCAAUGCUAUCUUAUAAACGAAAUCAGUCUUUACACUGAUUUAAAUAUACCCAGAUUCGCCAAAGCGUUAACACAAUUUGACGCUAUGAUACUAUUUUGGAAGUGAAAUCAGUGUCUAUGAAUAAUCGAAUCGGUGUAAUCAGACUGAUUUUUAUGGGGUUAUUGUACAAGUUAUGUUUUCAAGUUUUAGUAAAAUAUUUAUAGAAUAUAAGCCGAGUUUUUUCUAAAGAAAUCAUAUGGGAUGCACUGCGAACACUUAAUUACACGAAAUAUAUUCCAUUAGGUAUAAAUGUGUACUAAAUUAUUGGCCCGGAUUUUAUUUUGCGGCCUAUUCUCAUUUGUGAUUAUGUUGUUGUAAAUAUUAUAUUUUAUAAAAAUUCGUUAUUAAUAAACGUAUUUUUGUUUA